AUGAGCCGGCGCGCUGUCCAUGCGGCGGCGCCGAUGCAGCAGCGGCUGCGCAUGCUGAUGAUGGGAUGCCCUCUGGGUGUGCCCGUGCUCACGGCCGGCGAUAUGCUGCGCUGGCAUGUGCGGCACGGCACCGAGGUCGGGCGCGAGGCGGACCGCGUCAUCCGCGCAGGCACGCUCAUGCCGGACACGACGAUGAUGCGGCUGGUCGGCCCCGAGCUCGCGAAGCGGCGCGAUGGAGACUGGAUCCUCGAUGGGUUUCCCCGCACCGAUGCGCAGGCGGAGCGCCUGCACGAGUUCCUCGAGGCGGAGCACCUGCCGCUCUCGCUGGUCGUGCACCUGAUCGUGCCGGAGGAGGUCAUUCUGCAGCGCAUCCUCGAGCGCUGGACGCACAUGCCGUCCGGGCGCGUGUACAACCUGUCGUUCAACCCGCCGAAGCGCGCCGGCAUCGACGACGUCACCGGCGAGCCGCUCGAGAAGCGCGACGACGACAACCCGGCCACGUUCAAGCGGCGCAUCGACGGCUACCACGAAGUGACGGAGCCGAUGAUAGAGCGCUUCCGCCAGCUGGCCUGCCCCAGCGACCCGUCGCGCCCGCUGCUCGUGCCGCUGGCCGGCGCCACGAGCGACGAGAUAUGGCCCCAGUUGCAGGCGCUCAUCCACGAGCGCUUCCCCUACAUGGCUACUCGUACAUCGUCUUGUCCUGCAGACGCA